AUGGUGGCCUCCGUAGAUGAUGACGAGCCCACUUGCCACUCGCAAGCUGUCAAGUCCUCACAUUGGCGGGCGGCUAUGGACACUGAGUUCAAUGCUUUAUUACAAAACCAAACCUGGCGGCUUGUUCCCCCGCGUCGAGAUGUAAAUGUAAUAGGCAGUAAAUGGGUUUUUUGUAUUAAGCGGAAAUCCGACGGCACCAUUGACCGCUACAAGGCCCGACUCGUGGCCAAGGGGUUUAACCAAGUGCCCGGUGAGGAUUACUCCGAAACGUACAGUCCGGUGGUGAAACAACCACCAUUCGGCUCCUACUGGCUUUCGCCGUAUCGAAUAAGUGGGCUAUGCGUCCGGGCAUAUGUGUUAGUCUACGUGGAUGACAUCCUUCUACUAGGCAACAACUCAGCAAUGGUCGAAACAGUCAUGGCCCAGCUGUCAUCUACCUUUCGCAUUCGUGAUUUGGGGCGGCCUCGGUUCUUUUUAGGUGUCGAGGCGACUUACAGCGAUAAUGGUCUGAUGCUUUCACAACAAAGGUACAUGAACGAACUCUUGCGCAAAGCCAGCACGGAAUCUUGCAAACCGCUGUCAACUCCAAUGGCGCUAGCUGCUUCAACUCCUACUGCGGGGUCUCCACCCCUCGAUGAUCCAACCCCAUAUAGAUGUCUGGUUGGGUCCCUAAUGUAUCUACUAAUCACUCGUCCGGAUUUGGCUUUUUCUGUGAAUCGACUGUGUCAAUUCAUGCAUACACCAACACAGGACAAUUGGGCGUCACUCAAACGGGUGUUGCGCUAUGUGCAAGGCACGCAGAGUCUGGGACUUCGUCUCACACAGUCAUCUUCUCCGGUUGUGCAUGCCUUUUCUGACUCCGAUUGGGCGGGAUGUUCUCUGGAUCGAAAAUCCACCGCUGGCUACGCCGUGUUUCUAGGCCCGAAUCUUGUCUCUUGGACGUCUAGGAAGCAACGGACUGUCGCACGCUCUUCUACCGAAGCCGAGUACAAGGCUCUCGCCAACGUUGCUGCCGAACACGUUGAAGUCGAUUAUCACUUCGUGCGGGAUAAAGUGUCAACUGGAGCUCUAAAAGUGAACUUCGUCUCCACCAAUGACCAGCUCGCCGACAUCUUCACUAAGCCUCUCUCCUCAGCUCGCUUUGGUGAUCUACGGUGCAAGCUUGGCGUCGUCCCGUGUCCCGCUUCAGCUUGA